AUGUAUUUUGAUGAAAUUAAUGCUGAUUAACAUUUAAUUCUUGAAGGCAUUAUCAAAGAAUAUUAACCUUAGAAAUUAAAUGAUUAUGAACAAUUAAAUGACAUUGAAGAAUUAUUAAAAGGAUAACCAAAUCAAGAAUUAUAAUAAUAGAGAUAACCUAAAAUUUCAAUUCAACCAGAAAUAUAAGUUGAAAAUCACUAUACAAAUGAUAAUGAAGAACUUUAUAAAUUAUUAUUACAUCAAUUCACAUUAGGGGAAUAUCCUGUCAGUAAUAGAGAAAGUAUUAAAUAAACUGAGCAAAUUAAACAUAUUCCAUAUAUUUUAGAUUACGUGGAUUAAUUAGAAAAAGAACCUUACCAAGUCACACAAAAAUAAAAUGAAGAUUCUGAUUUAAUAUAACAUUAUGAGAAUUAGAAACAAGCUAAUAAUACUUUCUAAGAAGUUAAAAUGGAUCGUAAAAUUAAAGAUCACUAUUCCUAAAUCUCCUAAAAUGAUUUUAGAAUUAAAUGUAUUACUUGUUUUAGCACAACAAUUGCAAUUGGAACCACAAAAGGUUAUAUUUAUUUGAUAAAUGAUAAAAUAAUAAAAUUAGAAUCAGACCCCAGUAUUACUACUUGUCCUAUUAUAAGUUUAAGAUUUAAUGAGGAUGGACAAUUUCUAGUUGCUAUCUCAUAAUAAUAAAUUCUAUUAUACAAUAAGAAUAAAUUUUGUAAAUCAUUUCAAAAAAUGACUGAAGGCAUACCAAUUACUAUGAAUAUGUUAAUUGGAAACAAAGAUUUUGUAUGCUAAUUCUUAAUUUGUGAUUCUCUUGGCAAAGUUAAUUUAAUGAAAAUUAGAAAAAAUUUAUUUACUUAUGGAAUAGAAAAGAAUCCACUUUUAAAUGAUAAUACUUUUGGAAUUUGUCAUUGUUGUGAAUCUAUGAAAAAUAAAGAUGUUUAAACAGUUUUAUUUGUGUGUAAAGCUACAGUUUUAAUUGCAAUUGUUGAACCAAAAAUAUUUUUAGUUUUCAAAAAAUCUUAUGAAGUUAAAAAACGUUAAUUAUUAUGUGCAAAAUGGUAAAUUGAAAGUGAAUAUCCUGUUUUAGCUGUUAGUUAUGGUAAAGAAAUUGAAAUUUUAAAAAUGAAUUAUGAAAAUAAAGAUGGAAAAUUUAUUACUAAUUUUGAAGUUGUUUAUACUUAUACUUUAAAUGAAGAUAUUUAAUUCUUAACUUGGAUGAGUGAUAAUAUCUUAUUUUUAAAGAAUGAUCGUAAAAAAUAUUCUUUGGUUGCUAUUUCAGAAAUUGCUGAUAACAAUGUAUUAGUUGUUUAAUCACAAUUAUCUCAAGAUGUUGCUGACUAAUAAAUAGGAGAUGAUAAAAUUUAAUCAUUUUAGAAUACAAUAUGUUAAAAUCAUAAUCAAUUAUAUUAUAUUUAAAUUGAAGAAAAUGGACAUCAAAAAUAGAAUAUCGUUCAUUAUCAAUUAAUUACUUGGUAAGAUUAUAUUGAAUAAUUAACAUCAAAUCAUAAAUGGACAGAAUGUAUGGGUUUAUGUUUAUAUUUAUAUUUGGGAAAAUAAUUAAAAUUUGCUGGUUUACCUAGAAAUGGUAGAUAAGAAUUCUUAAGACCUUAUUUUAAUGAAAGACUUAAACAAUUUGUUGAGAUUAGUAUUUCUCAUUAAACUAUCAAUGCUCUUAUUCCAACCAUUAUUGAAUUUAUGGUUACAAUUGAAUCAUAUGAAUAUUUAUUUAGAGAAAUCAAAUCCCUUCUUUAAAAUCAUAAUUUAGAAUUGCAAUUUUACAAUUGUUUAGAACCAUUUAUAUUAAAGAAUAAUAUCAAAUUUAUUCCUGAUGAUUCUUUGAAAGAUAUUAUGAUAUAUUUAAUUAAUUAAAAGAGUAAAUUAAAUAUUUUGAAAUAGCUAAUUAUUAAUUUAGAUAUAAAAUUAUUAGAUCCAAUAAUAAUUUAAUAAUUAUGUAUAGAGAAUAAUUUAUUUACUCUCUUAAUUUAUAUUUCUCCGAGAGUUGAUGAAGAUUAUAAAACUCCCUUAUUUAAAAUGUAUGCAGUAUUUAGAUAAUUGAGUAAGGGUGAUUAAUUAUCACUAGAGAGAUAUUUCAAAUCUAUAUAAAUGGAAAUGACUAAUAAUCAAUAGAUGAUAGAUAAAGAAAUAUAAUUGUUAGGCUAUAAAUGUUUAUGGAAUCUUCAUAUGUUAUUGAUAGGAGAAUUAUUUCCUUAAUAGAAAAUCCCAGAAAGCCAAUGGGCUUUAAUAAUGGCUGAAAUUUUGUCUUGGCUACUAUAAUAUGAUACUUUGGAGGAAUUUCUUAAAAUUGAUACUCCUAUUUUUUUAAAUGAAUUAUUAAUUAUAUUUACAAAUAAGGAAAAAUAUGAAUAACUUAAUACACUUAAAACCAUUAUUGCAGGAGAAUAACUAAAAGUAGAUGAUUUAACAUUAUCUGAAAUUAUUAUUUUAUUAUUAGAAUCAUCAUCAUAGAAGUUAAACAUUUUAAAUUAAUUAAGCACUUUUGUUUAUGAAAUUAUGAAAUUAGGAUAUAAGAUUAAAUAUGAACACUUUAUAAAUGUUCUAUAGUGUCAUUUUAAGGAUCCUCAUGUGACAUUAUAAACAUUAGUUGAAAAAAGUAAUCUAAAAUUUCAAAAUCUUGAAUAUAAGUAAUAAGAUUUUAAUAUCUUAAAUAAAAAUUCUAGAGAUUCUGUUUUUAUUGAUUAUAUUAAUAAAUUUAAAGAUAGAUUAAUAAAUGAUCAAGAAACAGUCUCAAUGUUAAUACAGGAAUCAACUUGUUCUGAAGUGUAAUCAAUCAGAGUAAAAUCCUAGUUAUAUUUUAUAAAAGAUUAAUGGUAAUUUUGUUUGUAAAGUUUAUUGACUUCAAAUUAUGAAGAAGAUAAAGUAAAUAUAUAUAAUUUAUAUAGAUAUUCAUAUUUGAUUAUAUUGAAUAGAUGAUAAAUAUAGGUUAAUAUUCUUAAGUUAGAAAUGAAAUUUUAUAAUAUGUAUUAAGCAUAGUUCCAUAAUUGGUAAGUAUAAAUAAUGAUUAUUGUUUAGGUAAGUAUUUGUGCAGAAAAGUUAAGAUAAACACUUUAAUAUUAUAAUGAAGAGGAUUAUAAGACAGCCAUAGAAAUGUUAGACAGUCAUCCAAAUUUAAAAUUGAAAUUGCUAUCAGAGAUUAUUUAAGAGAAGAGAAAUAAUAAGUAAUUGGUUGAAGAUAAAUUAAUGAUUUCCUUCUUUAAAUUAAUAUGUUAAUAUCAUCCAAAUGAUGCAUAUGAAUAAUUGCAACAUGGAGAUUUUCCUUAAGAUGAAUGCUUAAAGUUAUGUUAGGAAUAUCAAAUAAUGAAAGGAGAAGCAUUUCUUAAGGAAAGAAGUGGUCGUUAUAUGGAAGCUUUGAAUUAAUAUUUUGAUGUAAUUUUAUAAUUCCAAAUAUUAUUAGAUAAUUAGUAUUGAAUUAAAAAAGAUGCAAGUUAUUGAAUAUGAUCAUUAAAGUUAAAUAGAAUAGAUUUAAAUUUUAAUAUUGCCAUGUUUAAAAAUCUGUAGAGAUAAUCAUUCGAAUGAAGAAGAUAGUACAAGUUAUUGGUUUACUCUUGUUAUUCGUAUGGUUUAGUUGAGGGAGGAAUUUAAAUAUAAUAAGAAUAUAUUUAAAUCUUUGAAUAAUGUGUAUUAGGUGAUGCUGGAGGAAUUGUUGGAAAGAGUUCAUCUUUACUAAAUAAUUAUAAAUAUAAAAAUAUUAUUUGGAUCUUUUACUCAUUUAGAGGAAUUAAGAAGAACAUUUAGUAUGUUAUUGUCUAGUUGUUCUUUUGAACUUUAUAAUUAACAAUAAUUAAUUAAAGUCUUAUAACUGGAUUAUAUGAAAAAUUUAAUGAGUUUGUACGAGUUAUAAUAGAUUGGAGUCAAUUUUAGUCCAUAAUGUUAAACUUGUUUUGAAAUUCGAAAUUAAUCUAUAUUAGCUUUUAUGGGAUGCAGUCAUCUUUAUCAUCAUGGUUGUGCACCAAAAAUUCAAAAUAUGAUUGUUUGUGAAUAAUGUUUGAAUGUAAAUUCUUAUAAAUGUAUAUAUAUAAAUUAGAAUAGUGAGAAUAUAAUUAGAUUCCAUAGUUUAAAAAAAUGGAAGAUAAAUGCCAACUAUAAAAAUGAAGGUUUAAGAGUAAAAAGAGGAUGAAGAAAUGACAAAGGAAGAGAUUCGAAUGAAUCGUAUAAAUAAAUGGAAAAGACAUGAUAUUGAAAAUGAAAUUAGCGAAUAAUAAUAUUACUGA